UUGAACCCGGCCGGCAAAGGAGGCGGAGGAGGCGGCGAGAAGGAAAGCCCGGCGCCCCGGAGCACGUGGAGGAGCCGAGCGCGCUCCGGGGAUCGGUGGCUGUGCGCCGGCUCCCGUGCGCCCUGGUGCGCUCCCGGUUGCGCACCCAGAGGCUGCGGUGAUGGGCGCGGCGACCCUUGCGAGGAGGAUCCGCUAGGAGAGGACCCCGCAGCGGCUCGGAGGCGAAGAGCGGGUCCGAGAUGGCGAGUGUUCUCUCCAGGAGGCUGGGGAAGCGGUCCCUGCUGGGCGCCCGAAUUUCCGCUCCCCCCUUGCUGGGGGACGGGGUGCUGAUGAUGGCCCCGCUCCCUCCCUUGCAGACGGAGCACCCCAAAGAGUCUCCUCGUCUGGCUUCGUGUGAAGACGGACGCUUCAAAGAGCCCGUCGGAGACUCUGGUAGUCAGGGCCAGAACUGGCCACUCCUGCAACCAGGCCAAAAGGUCUACGUCUUCUACAAAGGGCAAGAGGCCCCCGGCUUGGUGGAACACCACGACCUCUUCAGCAACGAGGUGAAGGUGCUUCUUCUGGAGCAGGGCUUCUACGUCUGCCGGAAAGCCGAGGAAGUGAGGCUGGCAAACAUCCAGGCCUUGCCUCUCCCAGCCCUGGAGAUGGACCUCGGGUCUCCUGCCACGACAGGCUACGACGCCGUCCCAGUGGCCAUGGACCACGGACCAACCAUGGAAGCAGCUGCCGCGGCAGCACCAGGACCCAGGUCGGUCUCCCGGAGCAUCGACGUGCCAAAAAGGAAAUCGGAUGCUGCUGCUGUGGAGAUGGACGAGAUGAUGGCAGCCAUGGUCUUGACCAGCUUAUCCUGCAGCCCCGUGGUCCAGAGCCCCCCGAAUGGUGAUGCUGGCAUCCCAGCAUCCCAAGCAGUGGGCGAUGUGUGGAAGGAAAGCGGAGACAUGUCGGACGGGGGCAGCAGCAGCACCAGUGGGCACUGGAGCUGUAUGUCAACCCCGUCUCCUCCCCACUCCGAGGCCAGCCCCAAGUACUCGAGCGAAGCCUUCAGUUCUCCCCGGCCGGACGACGGCUUUGAGACGGACUUGGACCCCUUCCUCUUUGAUGAACCUGCUCCCCGGAAGAGAAAGAAUUCUGUGAAGGUGAUGUACACCUGCCUGUGGCCCAGCUGCGGAAAAGUCCUUCGCUCCAUCGUGGGGAUCAAGAGGCACGUGAAGACCCAGCACUUGGGAGACGGCGCCAAUUCUGACCAGCGGAAGAGGGAAGAGGAUUUCUACUACACGGAAAUGCAAGUGAAGGAUGAGGCGCCCCCAGAACCCGCAGCGGCCGUCUCCAGCCCCACCGCCACCUCUGCGGGGGCUUCUUCUCCCAUCGCCAUCCAGCAGACUCCAUCGCAGCCAGAAGCUCUCAUCCUGGACCAAGCAGUCCCGCCAGAGCAUCACCUGUCAAGCAGCGCCCUCAGCCAGUCGGCUCCUAGCUCCUUCUGGCACAUCCAAGCCGACCAUGCGUAUCAGGCUCUGCCGUCCAUCCAGAUCCCAGUAUCCCCGCACAUAUUCACCAGUAUCAGCUGGGCUGCUGCGACAUCUACCAUCCCCACCCUCUCGCCGGUGCGAAGCCGGUCCCUGAGUUUCAGCGAGCAGCAGCCUCCGCCGCCGCUGCCUCCUCCUCCUCCUCCGCCACCUGUCUUGAAAUCCCACCUGAUUGUCACGUCUCCUCUGCGGGCACCCAGCAGCUCAAGGAAAGUCCGCGGCGAAGCCAAGAAGUGCCGUAAGGUCUACGGCAUCGAGCACCGCGACCAGUGGUGCACCGCCUGCCGGUGGAAAAAGGCCUGCCAGCGAUUCCUGGACUGAGCGCAUGCAAGUUUCCCAAGGUGGAGGGAGCAAUUCUCUCUCUCGCUGCCAGCCAAGCGCCAAGGGGCCAGACCUCUGCAUUUUUGCAGCGUCCGCGCCCUUGGAAGCCUCUCUCCCCGUGCUUCAGCGGAGAUCUCGAGAGCCCAUCCUGGGCUCCGUAUAUUCUACGUCCGGCAGGUUUUUUUUCUUCCUAAUUUUCAGUGUUUUGUGGGAAUGUUCGUUUUUUUAAAACACAUUUUUUCCUCCCCUUUUUAAACACACACACACAAACACAGCGCCUCCCUUUCUAUUUGUAAAUAAGAGGUGCGAAGCGGGGAGGAGAGAGAGUUUUUGGCUUGGUGUAGCUUAACAGACUUGUUUCUCGGUGUGCCCAGGGACCAAAGAACCCUUUUUCCUGAACUGUUCCCUCCAAACGUGGUUGGCUGAGUGUUUGGGUCGGUGGUUGCAAUAUGGAGAGCAUAGGAGCAUCCCUUAUCUAAACCCAAAACGGGAGGGUGCUGGGUCCAUCAGCUGAAGGAGGAAGGGGCGUGGCUGACUUCCUGUGGACUCCGCCAGCAUGCUGUCUCCCCCUUCUGGUGCCUGGGAGGAAUUACACGCUUGCACCCAAGCCCUGGGUUUUCCCCCUUCCUUUUAAACAUUACGCUGUCAAAAGAACAAUCAUUGCAUCAAGCUACAAUCCAGCGAAUGCUCGUUUCGUUUUCUAAAACCGAAGUGGAAGGAACCUGGCUAUAUUACUUUGCUUUAUGCUUUCAUUCCUCCAUUUUAUACCUAAAAUUUAAUGUGCAAAACAGCACUGGGCCACCUGAGUAUUUCUCGUGUGGCUUCAGUUGCCCCCUGCCUCAAAGGCCAGACCCGGCGUUACCCGAGGGAGGAAAUAAUAUUUUUGCUUAAUGAUGGGCUUGCUGAUCAAGACCAUUGGGUGGUUUUGUGGGUGCUCUGGUCUGAGCUGGAGCGAGCAAAAGUCAUGGGUGCCAGGGCAUAAACGCCAUUAUCGUGGCCUUCCCCAACGUGGCCCCCCUGGCAAUGUUUUGGGCUGGCUGGGGCUGAUGGGAGUUGUAGUCCGAAACACUGGCAGGGUGUCCGGUCACGGAAUUUGCUUCCUUCCUUCCUCUUCAAGGUCAGA